AACUGAUUUAUUGACUGUUCACAGAAAUGGCACAGUCUUUAAGUAAAAGUAGCAAAAAAAAAAACCAGCACAAGUAAAUAGUCCUGCAUUUAAAAUGAACUUAAAGCAUCAAAACUAAAAGUAUUCAUCAUGCAUCAAGUAUUAUCAUUGAUUAUCUUACUAGAAUAAAUUAAAUGUAGUCAAGCUGAGGAGUAAUAAGAAACAGAAAAUGUUAAUACUGAAGUGACAGUGCAUCAAAUUUAUACUUAGGUAAAUGUAUUUUAGGCUACUAUUGAUCUUCUAUGAGAGACCAAACUAGUACAGAUACUGAAUAGGCAACAUUUAAGCAUAUCAACGUGUGCAUAUUGUCUUGCCAUGUAAAUACAGUGGAAGUACCGAAGUUAUUAAUGCUUCUGUUGUCUCUCUGUGUCCAAAACAACACUGUAAGAUGAAAUCUCCCAGCCGGAAAUUCUACCAGUCAGCUGAGCAACGAAAUUCUUUGGCGGGAAACAAUUUGUCAGUGAAUAACAAAAUGGUUAACAGUUUAUAACACGAUGGGAUCCCGGGCACCAGAACUGUCUUCUGAAAUUGAUAAACUCCGGGUUCAGCUGCUGAACAAUGUCCAAGUCCUGACAGAUUGCCUGCGAGUCGAGGAGGAAAUCAGCCACAGGGAAAUUUUGACCCGUAUUGAAAACAUAAUCCUAGGAAUAGUGACCAGUCUGUCCAAAGAUGAGGCCCCUGUCCUGGCACUGCCCAACAGGUCCAGCUGGGCCAACGUCAGUUUUGACAGUGCCAUCGGGCUUCAGAUGAGUUCAGGAAGUUCUGUCAGCACCAUUAGGAGCGACUGUCCUUCAUCUGUCACCAAAUUUGCACAAAUUCUCAAGAUUCUUUCAGUCAUCUACAGACUCGUGCAGAGCAACUCAUAUGCUACGAAAAGAGACAUCUAUUACAACAAUACACAGCUGUUUGGUUCACAGACAACAGUUGACAGCAUUGUGGAUGAUAUUUCCUGCAUGCUAAAGGUUCCUCGCAGAUCACUUCAUGUGUUGGCCACGUCCAAGGGAUUAAUCGCAGGUGAUCUGCGUUACAUGGAGGAGGAUGGCACAAGGAUCGAUUGCCACUCCAGUUCUGCUGCUGUUGCAGUUUCGUCAAAUAUUAGUGGGAUUAGAAAUAUUGUAUCAUCUGCAAAAUUUGUGAUGAUAGUUGAGAAGGAUGCAACUUUCCAGAGACUGCUAGAUGACGACUUCUGCACAAAGCUCUGUCCUUGUAUCAUAAUCACAGGUAAAGGCGUGCCAGAUGUUAACAGCAGGUUGAUGGUGAGGAAGCUUUGGGACACGCUGCACAUCCCCAUCUUUGCCCUGGUGGAUGCCGACCCUCACGGCAUUGAGAUCAUGUGUAUCUACAAGUACGGAUCAGUGGCCAUGUCGUUUGAGGCCCACAGCCUAACCGUCCCCAGCGUUAUGUGGCUAGGCCUCCUCCCCUCUGACCUCCAGAGGUUGCGGGUUCCAGAGGACGCUCUGAUCCCCCUCACCAAGAGAGAUGAAAGCAAACUCAGUAGCCUCCUUAAAAGGCCGUACUUAACCAGCCAACCAGACUGGCAGAAAGAGAUGGAACUGAUGCAGCAGACGAGGGUCAAGGCUGAAAUACAGUCCCUGGCAGCCAUAGCGCCUGAUUUCCUCACCAGCAUUUACCUGCCCAACAAGCUGCGUUAUGGGGGCUGGGUAUGAGCACAAUGCUGCCAUCUAGUGGAAGGAAAAAGGAACAGUUGCAGCAGGUUGCAAAGCAAAAGAGAGAUUGUCUAUUUAACUGUCCUACCUAACCUUGACAGAAAAAUAUAAAUUUGAGUUUGUAAUGUUUGUAACGUUUGAAUAUUUAUCACCAAGGACAUGUUUGUGUUUCAGAAAUGUCUCAACAUAUCAUUAAAACCUCUAAUUCCAUGAGAGGAGAAGUCAGAGCAUUGUCCUGGUCAUUCUCUUUAUCUUUAGUGGUUUGGAACUGGAGUAUCUGUGAGGCAGAUAAGUCAUUAAUGUACAGUAAAACAGAUCAAUGAUCAUGCUGUAGUUCUUUAUGUAAUGUAUUCUCCAGCAGGUGGAAACAGUGUGUGGAUUGGAUGCAUGAAUCAGUGACAGUGAAGGAAGAGGUAAAGAGCUCAUACUAUCUGCUCUGUCGUAGAUGUUGGUCAGUCAUCGUCACAGACACACUUAG